AUGCCGGGCCGGAGAAUGGGGCGCAGCGGCGCCUCUGUGCUCCCGUCACGGCAGCGGCUGCUGCUGGGAGAGGCUCUGCCGCUGCAGCUUCUCCUCCUGCUGCUCUUGCAAGUGGCGGAGGCUCCUCCAGGCCCUGUCAGUGCAGAGAGGAGCCUGGUUUGGGGGCCCGGGCUGGAAGCGGAGAUCACGAUGCCCGUCAGGUAUUUCUACAUCCAGGCGGUCAGCGCAGCUGGACAGAACCUCACCCGCUCCCCCCCAGGAAGAACACAGUUUAAAGUGGGAAUUAAAGCACUUUCCCCCAAAGAAGUCAUCCGGAUCCACAUCCCUAACCUUAUGGAUAGGAAUGAUGGGUCAUUUCUUAUACAGUAUCGGAUGUAUGGGAGUGUCAAUGAAGGGUUAAAGAUUGAGGUACUUUAUGGUAAUGAACAUGUAGCUCAGUCUCCUUAUAUUUUGAAAGGGCCUGUUUAUCAUGAGUAUUGUGAGUGUCCAGAAGAAGAUUCUCAGACCUGGCAGAAUAUUCUCUCUUGUCCAUCCCAGGAGCCUCAAGUUACUAAGGACUUCACUUCUUUUCCCACCAUCAACCUUCAGCGGAUGCUUCAUGAAGUCCCAACAAGGUUUGGGCAAACGAGAGGUGCUAUUGUUCAUUACACUGUUCUCAAUAAUCACAUCUACCGUCGUUCCUUAGGGAAGUACACAGACUUCAAAAUGUUCUCAGAUGAAAUGUUGCUCUCAUUGGCAAGAAAGGUUCGUCUCCCUGAUGUAGAGUUUUAUCUUAAUGUUGGAGAUUGGCCAAUGGAACAUCGAACAGCUAAUGAUACGCCUGGCCCUAUACCUAUCAUUUCAUGGUGUGGCUCUGUGGAUUCAAGAGACCUAGUCCUUCCAACAUAUGAUAUAACCCAUUCAACACUUGAAACCCUACGUGGUGUUACAAAUGACCUCCUUUCUAUUCAAGGAAACACAGGCCCUUUCUGGCACAACAAAACAGAGCGAGCUUUCUUUAGAGGUCGAGACAGCCGAGAAGAACGUCUUCAAUUGGUGCAGCUAUCUAAGGAGAAUCCAGAGCUACUAGAUGCUGGAAUAACAGGAUUUUUCUUCUUCCAAGACAAGGAGAAAGAGCUGGGAAAGGCUCAACUCAUGGGAUUCUUUGACUUCUUUAAGUACAAAUAUCAAGUGAAUGUAGAUGGGACAGUAGCAGCGUACAGAUUCCCAUACCUCAUGUUGGGUGAUAGUCUAGUACUGAAACAAACCUCUCAAUACUAUGAGCACUUCUACAGUGAAUUAAAACCAUGGAAACAUUAUGUUCCAAUUAAAAGAAGCCUUGAUGACUUGCUAGAAAAAAUAAAAUGGGCUAAGGUAAAUGAUGAAGAAGCUAGGAAGAUUGCUAAAGAAGGACAGUUAGUUGCAAGAGAAUUACUGCAGCCUCACAGGCUUUAUUGCUAUUAUUACAAAAUGUUCCAGAAAUAUGCCAAGCACCAAGCCAGCCAACCUGAAAUAAGAGAUGGAAUGGAACUUGUACCUCAACCUGAUGACAGCACCUCCGUCUGCAAUUGCCAUAGGAAAAAGCCUUUAAGGGAAGAUCUAUAA